AUACAUACGUGUAUAUAAUGAAUGCUGAAUAUAAAAUGAAGAAGACUCGUCUUUUGAGGUGCCUUUUUGCAAUAGCAUUGAUACAAUUUGUGUUUGGACUUAAUGAAGGUAAAUACCCAGAAUCAUUGCCAACGGUAAACGAAGUUCCAGAUUGUCCUAGAAAUAAGGAAGAUUGGCAAGUAGCUGCAGAAGGAAAGCACUCUGACCAAAUAAAAAAUAUUGACAACACUCCGUUUGUUUAUCACUGUCUGAUAAAUGCAUGGGCAAAUGCAACUAUCGAAGUUUGUGCUCCAACGUGGUAUAUAUCGGGUUACUGUGCAAUGUACAGUAUCCCAGAUGCUAGAGUAAUUGACAAUGAAAAGUACGACUGUACAAAAUACACCCCUCCAUGUCCAACACGCUACUUAUCAUCAGAGGCUUACAAAUAUAGUGUUUGCUAUGAGAUUGUACGACCAGCAGUAACACUGUUUAUGACACAAGUCAGCAAAGCCGAAGAAAUCUCAACGCAGAGCACUGAAGAGGUCACGCCUACAGCCAAAUUCACCUCAGUGCAUUUGAUACUUACAAUCAUCAUUCCAGCUAUAUUGCUUUUAGCAUUAUUUGGAGGAUUCGUCUUUCUUCGUAGAAUCAUCUCAGUCAAAAGGGAAAGUCGAGAAAAUGAUAUGCAUGUGGAUAAUAACGAAAUGGAAAAUGAACCACUGAAUGCAGCAACUCCAGGUUCAAUCAAGGGUGUACAGUGA